CCGUGCUUGUCUCAUUGACUAGGUAGCAGUUACAGCGAUGAUACAGUCCCUGCUUUAGAUUCUCGAUUUCUUGACAAUUCACGGCUUGGGGCAGGGUUAAACAUGUUGAAGCAGUUACUCGGCUCUAGGGAAAUUCUUGACCUCACAGGGUGAAGCGAUCACACAUAAUUAGUCGCGACUAUGUCCGUCAUACAACUUGAAGAGUGCGAUCAUGUCUUCGGUAAUGGCUUUGCACAGAUUCAUAGGCUGACGUCCCGUCCAGACUCGUCUCCUACCAGCUUCGCACAAGCUACCUCGACGAAAUUGCAGACGGUGUUGGAGAGCGACUCCUAAACGUCAACGAUGGCUUCAUAAAUUCGGCUCCUUUUAAAGCCGCUGGCUGGCGACCGAAUUCGUCCCACCACAAGCGGACACACUCACCUCCGAUCCCUACUGCGAUUGCCUCCGAGUACUUCCAAGCACCAAAGCAGGCUGGCCUCACACUCGAAGAUGGGGAAGAAGAUGGCGGUAUGCUCACUGCGGGCGGUUCGGAUACUAUGGGUCCAGGAAUGGCUACCAGGCGGCGCAGGCGUCGCGAGCAGAUGGAAGAAGAGGACAGUAGUGACUUGAGCGAUGAGAGCGACGACGAUACGGAUCAACGGGCUGCGCAACAGAUCAAGUUUGCAAAAAUGCCGGUCAGACACAGAGCGGGCUCGUCACCACUACAGAACACGAAUUUGAGGCAAGUCGGGGCUGUCUCGCCAAGGGCGCCUCGCCGAGGCUCACAGUCAGCUUUGGUAACAGUGCAGGAGAGGCCCCGGAGAGACACAGUCACCAGCAGUGAGAUAUCAUCCGAAAACGAGACCGAUAUUCCGACAGUCCAGAGGCAUCGAGAAGCUGCUCGCGCUGCGGCAAGGGCUGCGAAGCUACAGGCUAGAAUUCUGGAGGAGCCCUCGCCCGGUAUUCAACGAGCGGACACAUCUCUCUUGCCAGAGGAGGAGGAAGAUUCCGAUGAGGCUUCCGACUUGUCUGAUAACUACGCCGAGAGUAUAGACUCGGCAUCGAUUCUUGAUGGCGUUGAAAACGCUAUCAAUGCUUCUCCCACCCGCCAGGUUGUGGGAACACCGCCCAAGAACUUUGUACGCCAGUCUACCAUUCGCAAAUCCAAACCGCCGACGCACCCCAUUGUCCUCGGAGCGUUACCACCUCCCAGGCCGAUGAGCAUGAUCAGACCUUUGAGCGUCGCCCAACCCAAGAGUUUGCUAUCGGCCGCCCUAAAAGCCAAGGAUAAGAAAUCGUCUAUUCCCUUCCAGAAGUUCGCCCAUUUCAGUGGGCAGGGUACGCAAGGUUCUAUUGCUGUGCGUAUAUAUGCACCUUUCUCAAAAACACCCAGCAAGCCAUUCCAGGUGCUUAUCCGCCCACGUGUUCACGACGGACAAGGUGCCGAGCGGGUGGUGACGGUUGCAGACCUCAUCGGCUUGAGUUUAUACCGAUACAAUGAGGAGAAACUCGAACCUCCGUUGCCCAAGGGCAAGCUCAAUAUUAACUGGUGGACUCUACGUAUGGUGGAAGAAGGUGGCGAAGUUGACGACGAUUUCCCCCCCUUUGAAAGAACGAAACCGUUGACAUCUUUUACUACGGUUAACAAUGCUGCUGCGCGCGGUGGAGGCCGCAUGCGAUCUAAUUCAACUGCUUACGACGACUUUGCGUUGGCAGAAGCUUCAGAGGAGGAGUACCUUGAGAAUAAGUCACUCACACCACAAGAAGACGAAGAGGAAGAGCCAGCAACAUCACAGGAUAGCGGCGGGGGGGUUCCUCUCACUCCUACGGAGCCAGAUGCGGACGCGACUCCUCGAGGCACUCCAGGGCCGGCUGUCAACCCGUUCCUAGCGGAGCGUCCGCGGCAAAAUCCUAUCGUCACAACGACAUAUCGGUCGAACGCUCCUCCAGCAGACAUACCCCAGGCGCCUGCUGCAGCUCCCAAUACAUCCCGAGGGCAGCAAAAGCUGCUUCGGAUUCAUAUCAUGUCAUCAGAUGUCGCACCAGGCCAAAUGGUGACACUAGAUGUGAUGACUGAUACUUACUUGGCUGAGGUGCUGGACAUGGUAUGCCGAAAGAGACAGUUAGACAAGGCCAACCAUGUUCUUAAGCUUCCUGGAUCAGGAGCGGUAGUCAUGCUGGACCGGCCAGUUUCGUCCAUUGGGAAUGUCUCAGACUUGGAAUUGUACAGGCGACGAUUUGCAACAGAUGGUCCGUUGACGAUUACCGGCUCGCCGGGCAGCUCGUCCCCGAAGAUGCUGCCACUGGCCGACCAGGCCAUGCAGAAACGCAGCAAGAAGUCGCAAACACCGAUGGUCGGAAGUCACCCAUUGGCGCGAGAAUCGCUGAAGCAAGAUGAGCUCAGCAACGCCAGCUACAAGAAGUACACUGUCUGGCGCAAGCAGCCCAUGCGCAUCGUCGGUAUGAGCGAACGCAUUCUAGUAAUCGACGGCGAGUACAUUCAUAUCAUGCCAGCGUCUGGCGGUAAGGCGUUGCAUGACGGUUCAGGCAAGACAACAACGGUGCACUUUAGUAACGUGGUUGGGUGCAAAGUCCUCCGGAAACAUCCCACGAAUGUCAAGCUUGUUGUGUAUAAAGCAACCGAGAGCAAACGAUAUGACUUUGAGGCCCGUAGUGCAUUGGAAGCGGCUGAGAUAGUGGAGGAGCUUAAGAAGGGCAUGCCUAAAUGAGUGGGAUCGCAAAUCUGAAUGCUUUUAGGGGUUAGCAAACCGUUGACACACUCUCCAGAUUUCAGACUAAGCACUGAAGACACGAAGACCAUGGCGCAAGCAAUCCACCGGAAUUCCUCGUUGUUUCCACACCACUUGUAUGUCGCUCUGUAUAUCAGCAAAUGGACUUGAGCUUGCCUCUUUCGCUUGUCGGCAGAACCUCAAUCCCAAUGGCAAACGAAACGACCCAUUUCGUUUAACCCAUGCCAUACUUGGACGGACACUGAGCCAUACUUUGAUCAGUCCACGCGUGCGUUCAUUGCAUUGAAUCUCGAUGAGGAGCGGUGUCGGCUACGGCGUCAGAAGCGAGGCUGAAAAAGCUGCUUGAAUUAUUGACAGACCAUGCUCGGCAUAGUCUUGGCUAACAUUGGCCAAGACUGUCGAGCAAGGCAGUAGAAUGUCGAAAUGGCGAUCCAAGGUGCCAAGCCGGGGUUAUGGCAACAGGAUACAUAUCAUGGAGCACUGAAGAUGAGGAGAGAUGGAGUUGAUGUGGAGACUUCGAGGGGCGUGUGUGGCGUUGAGCCAAGCCGGCCGCGACAGGGGAAGCUCUCGGAUUGGAUCAGGCCAGUAAAGAAGAGUGUUGGAGGUAUCCGUAUGUGCAAACUCCGUACAUGUUGCGUGGUACCAAACAGUCUCCGAGCCUCAUGACUGUGCAUGUUGCUUGAAUCAGAACCGAUGCUGCCCUAAUCGGCACGCAGAACAGAUCAUUUCUGCAAUGAUACACCAUACACUGAUUCAAACCCUUGCAUCAAUGCUGAUUGCUUGGUCUUUGUGCGAUAUGACACCAAAAUCAGGCGCUGUAGGCUAAACAACUGAUGGCUCUUCUGCCUUGGUGUCGCGUGCGAGUGUAUGUUAUGUAACUAUCGCUGCUCAAUUCUGUGAUAUUGUCAGCAACUAAGAAGAGAUCAAGAAAGCCAAGGGCUCCCUUGUCUGAUUCUCCCCAGGUCGGGUGUUUCCACUGUCGUAUCGGGGACUGACAAUCAGUCGAUCCUCUGCACUCCUUCAGACUCCUUUGGGCUUCUCGAACAAACAUUAGUGGUUAGCAGACCUCUUAAAGUCUCAAGUCCUCCUGACUUCCGCGGUUCAGCUAUUGAAGAGGCUGGGACAACUACUGAAGCAAAGAAAUC